AGUUAGUGAGAUCGUUGCCCAAAGCGCCUUGUUGCAAACAGCGAGUCACUCCUCACGUUUCCAAGCUUCCAAAGAUCAGGGAACAAUGAAGCACAACUAUCCAACUUCCAGCCUAACUGACGCAAAAGCAGGAUCUUCCACUGAAUGCUACAGCACUAACGAUGUUGUUGUGGCAGUAUUUUUGACAUCGGUUUUAAACAUGGUAGCUUUCGUGUUUGUGACAGUGGCUCUGUGCUGGUGUUCGUUAAGAGCCAGAGCCACGGCUUCCGCACCACGAUCUCUUCGCUCAAAUGACCCAAACGAAGUCGAAAUCGAAGACAACACCGAGGAAACUGCGGUCCCAGAAGGAUGUCUAGAAGCUUGUUUGCCGGACAUCUCAUACCAGCGUCACAUCGCGCGUGGGUCCAGCCUCCGGCCCUCCUUUGUGAUGGGUCGUGCCUUUAGACCCCUUGUGACACCUUAUUCGCCGCGGCUAUCGCAUGCAGUGCAUGAUUUACUGCACAAUCUGAAAACCACAUGCGAUCCAGCUGAGAAGCGGAACGGAGUGAACGGGCUUCUUCGCCGUCGAUCACACUCGCUGGAAAACCUUUCCCUUACUUGACCAUCUGCCAAGUACUUCAAGAAGAGGAACCAGAAUCACAGUCGUAUUCUCGUUUGUGUUGAAAAUAUCUACCUGUAAUUGCUGUUGUAAAGUAAUAUUCCAGUAGUCAGUCAUUUGAUGUUGUGAGCAUUGUGUUCAUUCAGCUACAUCAUUGAGAAAACCUGGCACAUACAGGGGAUAUGGUCUACGAGAGAUGGUAAGGCGCAAAGUUUCCACGUAAACCUUAACUUCACCUCAGAAUUCUUGGCACUAAUGCCUUGGCCAAGAGAGGAGUUCUUUUACAUUGUUCAUGUAAAUAUAGAAAUGACAGUGCAGAAGACUUAUAAAUCUGCUGUCAUCAGACCAGUGCAUCACAGAUUUCUUACCUGGAUGCAAUGAAAUCUUGUAUUUAGAAUGAAACAUCAGUAGAGAGAGAAACAAAAUACAGAGAACUGUGAAGCAUUUCGCUAUCUUAUAAUACAAAUAAAGGUGCAUGCUACUGUUAGGCCUGUUCAAACAUAUGAAGUUUAUGACAUUCGAAAGAACUGUCAUAUAAUUUAUUUUUUUCUUGUUUAUAUAUUUUUCUUACCGUUGUGUUGUUACUGAAUGCCAGGGAUUCGGAAAAAAACAUAGUCUUCUGGGUAUAUAAUAUAGACAGUAUUAGUUAAUUACCUACCCACUGUUGCAAUUUUAGUGAUGUGCACUUACAGACACUUUACACACACACACACACACACACACACACACACACACACACACACACACACACACACACACACACACACACACACACACACACACACACACACACACACACACACACACCGUAGUCAAAUACCAACCCUAUCCCGUCC